UCGUCAAGCAACAUGGUGACUUGCAGUGACUUGUCAUGCCGAAUGGAUAACAGAGUCUGGUUUGGAAUAAAUUAAAGUUUUUUUUAUUUUUACUGAACUGUUUUCCGGGCGAACUGAAGGUCUAUUUUGUCUCGUAAAUACAUUGUUGAGUGGCGUUAGCUCAUGUUAGCAUUAAAGGCUGUUAGCUCAUGUUAGCAUUAAAGGCUGUUAGCUCAUGUUAGCAUCAAUGUCUGUUAGCAUGGCAGCAGCCUCCAGAGGGAAGGUCAAGUCUUUAGUCGCUGUCAGCCGGAGACUGUCCACACAGCAGCCCAUUUCUUCGGACUCUUCUCCGGACGAUGAGCUUCAUGCCGUGCCGAAGCGCAGGCCGAGAAAAGACCCCAGCACCCGCUCCGUGUUUUUUUUCCCGGGACAGGGCACCCAGUUUGUGGGCAUGGCCAAGGGGCUCCUGAAGUACCCCAACGUGAGCGAAAUGUUCUCCGCAGCGCAGAAGAUCCUCGGUUACGACCUGCUGUCUCUGUGCCUGGAGGGACCCGAAGAGGACCUGCAGAAAACGGUUCACUGUCAGCCGGCCGUGUUCGUCACCUCCCUGGCUGCGGUGGAGAAGCUGCAGCAUGAAAACCCAAAGGCCAUUGAGACAUGUGUCGCUGCUGCAGGUUUCAGCGUUGGCGAAUUUGCUGCUCUUGUGUUCUCGGGAGCCAUGAACUUUUCAGAAGCUCUGUAUGCAGUGAAGGUCCGUGCAGAGGCCAUGCAGGAAGCCUCUAAGCUGGUCCCCAGUGGGAUGCUGUCAGUCAUCGGCAAACCUCAGGCUCAGUAUAAAUAUGCCUGCCUGCAGGCUAAAGAGCACUGCAAGAGUCUGAGUGUUCAGGAGCCUGUUUGUUCUGUGGCCAGCUAUUUAUUCCCUGAUGGCAGGGUCAUUGCAGGACACCAGCAGGCUCUGAACUUCCUCCAGCAGAACUCGCGGCAUCUACAGUUCUUGAGGACCAAACCCGUGCUGGUCAGCGGUGCUUUCCACACCAAGCUGAUGACAUCGGCUGUUGAGCCCCUCAGAAACGUGCUGAAGCAGGUGGAGGUGCGACGUCCUGAGAUCAGCGUCCACUCCAACGUGGACGGCAAACGCUACAUGAGCGAAAGCCACGUGCGCAAAAACCUGCUAAAGCAGCUGGUGUCGCCUGUAAAGUGGGAGCAAACGCUGCACGAGAUCUACGAGAGGUCGCAAGGGGAGAACUUCCCUCAAACGUACGAGCUCGGGCCUGGGAAGCAGCUGGGCUCCACGCUUCAGAUGUGCAACAGGAAGGCCUUCCAAAAAUACAAUUAUGUGGACAUCACCGCAAAUGAGGAGGAAUGAAGAAUCGGGCAAUACGAAAAAAUAGACUCUAAAAUUGUUUCUUAAGAUCUUGAAUGUAUGUUUUUUAAAUUAAACAAGGCAGUCGUCGAUCGUCAUUUUGGAGUUUAUUUGCAUG